GAAACACGAAAGUAUAAACCCACGUUGGUUGAUGUAAACAUUAAUAUCAUUUCACAAACAAUAUUCCAAUUUUAGUUCUGUGACAAGUUGUCAUUCGUUAAAAAUACAUAUAUCCAGCUAUGUAAGCAAGGACUGAUCAUCUGAAUGCUGACUAUUCCAUGAUAAAGUUGACUUGUGUUCCUGGUCCGGUUGUUGCAGGGAUUCGAACACAGAUCCUGAACACGAAAUUAUGGCUAUUUAUGACGUCAUAGUGGUGGGUGCCGGGAUUGAAGGGUCCUCUACAGCCUAUCAACUGGCCAAACAAGGGAAGAGAACUCUCCUACUGGAACAGUUUCCCCUGCCCCACUCCCGGGGAAGUUCGCACGGUCAGACCCGGAUUACCAGGAAAGCGUAUGGAGAGCUAGAGUACUACACCGUCAUGAUGAAAGAGGCGUUCCCGCUGUGGGAAACGUUAGAACGGGAGUCUGGGAGGAAAAUAUUCCGAAAAACUGGGAUGCUAGCAGUGGGAUCUGGGGAUGCCUUCACAAGGGGGACGGUCCCGUGUUUACAUCGUCACGGGAUUCCCCACCGCGUCCUGGACUACCACCAGAUGAAGCAGCUGUACCCGAUGAUAGAGUACCCGCGGGACUACACAUUUGUCCUGGACGAUUCAGCAGGCAUUCUGAUGGCCGACAAGGCUUUGUUGUCGUACCAAGAAACUUUCCGUCGGUUUGGCGGGGAACUACGGGACGGGGAGAAGGUGUUGGACAUUAUUCCUGGGGACACCGUGGGGGUCAGAACCAGCAGCCACCACUACAGGACCCACUCCGUGGUGCUGACGGUGGGGGCGUGGGCCACCAAGCUCCUCCCCAAAUUACAGCUCACCCUACCCCUCAAAGUGUUAAGAAUUUCUGUCCUGUAUUGGCGAGAGAAAGUGGCUGGUAGGUAUGGGGCCGAUAAGUUCCCGACGUUUUACGAGAUGAAGGCUGUGGACGACUACGCAGUGUUUGGGAGUCCGAGCGAGGAAUACCCUGGCUUAGUCAAGAUCUGCCUUCACUGGGGGCCCGAGGUGGACCCUGACUCCAGGGACAAGGCUGAUGACUCCUGGGUCAUAGACAAGAUGAUUAGGUACAUCGCCCGACAUUUCCCGGAACUAGAGGCGGAGCCCGCCAUUGCUGAAACAUGCAUGUAUACGAUGUCCCCUGACACAGAUUUUAUCCUUGACCGGCAUCCAUCCUGGCGAAAUAUAAUCAUAGGAGCAGGAUUUUCAGGGCAUGGAUUCAAGAUCGCCCCGGUGGUUGGAAAGCUUUUAACAGAGCUGGCAUUGAACAAAUCGCCAUCUUACGAUAUGACUAAAUUCAGGAUUCAGCGAUUCAAACAUAACGCUAAAUUAUAGCUCAGUAAAGUUAACAUUAGUUGUAAAUUAUAUCUUGAGAUGUUUUGAAAAUGAGAGAAUAAAGAAGUAUUAUAGAUUAAAAUUGUUUACAUCAUCAA